AUGAAGCUUCAGUUCACGGUUAAGUCUGUCUUCUGGGCGGCUGCUUUUGCCGUUACCACUCUGGCGGCCGCGUCGGAGGUGGCCGAAGCAACGCAAUUUACACUGACGUAUGGCUAUGCUCUCCUGUCUUUUGCGCGGGCUGCCGUCGCAGUUCUCACUGAGGUCAGUUGCAGCAACCGCUUCCAGCAUAUGAGACAGCUCGCAACAUCUGCCUCCCAAGCUGUCGUACGUUCUAACGUGGACACACUGUACUCGACAGCCGUUAUUGACCUCUCCCACCGUGACGUCGUGGUAGAUAUUCCCGUCGUCAAGGACCGAUACUGGGUCUUCCCGUUCUACGAUGCGAACUAUGCCAAUCUGGGCAGCGCAGAGAACAGCAAAGCGGGCAAAUACAUUCUCCGUUUUAACGCCGACAGCAAGCAAAAUCCCCGUAUAUAG